GGGAGUAGUUCUUACAGCACGAAACGUGUUAGGCGGCAGAGAGAGAGAGCCUAAAAAAACACUAGCGCAAAACUAAUCAUUAAAAUAGGCUUGUAAUUAAUUAAAAGCAGGAAAAAAAAAAAUAAGAGAACACAAAAAUAAAAUUAAAAUAAAAUCUCCGCCUGCUUUAUUUCCUUUUUAUCAUCCCACCGUCUGCCUCUCUGUGGUCUCGCCACAUUGCUUUUGUCAACAUCUAUCUAGCUUUGAUCUUAACGCGAAUCCCUCCAUCGGCUUCUGCAUUUUUAGCGUCGAAUCGCCACUGUUUUUUUUUUUUUUUUGGUUUUUGGUUUUCCGGCAGCAAAUUUGUGGGCUGAGGAUCCCUUGUUGUUCAAUUACCUUUUUGUAUUCUGAUUCAGUAUUUAUUGUUGAUAAUGUCUGUUAAUUUUUUGGGCGUCGGGUUUUGAUUUGCAAUCUUUAGAUGAAGAUUUAGGAUUUUUGUUUCACCCGAGGAUGUAGACAAGGAAGGCGGUUCUUUGCUCUGAAUAAUGAAAGGAAAAAUUGUAUGCCCAUAGGGUUAUUGGGUUGAUUAAUUGAUGAUUUUUUUGGGGUUCUCUUUGUGUUCUAUUCGUAAUAAGCUGAUGAUAAUAAGAUUGUGAUAUUUACUGGCUACUUUUGGUUGAUUAUUGAUGCGGAAGCAAAUAUAUAAAUAUUUUUGAUCUGGUGCGCGGUGAAAUUGGAAAAUCUGAUAGAUUUUAGUGUGGUUGUUUGUUGAGUUUGGCAUUUGUUGCAAAUAAAUGCUGAACUGGGUACAAAUCUGAGUCGAAGGGAUUAUAGCGGUUUGGGUUUUUGAAGAGGGCUAUUAGAUCAUGGAGCGGAUAAUCGGUGGCAAGUUUAAGCUUGGGAGGAAGAUUGGGAGUGGGUCUUUUGGUGAACUCUAUUUAGGCGUUAAUGUACAAACUGGAGAGGAAGUGGCUAUUAAGCUGGAAUCUGUGAAGACAAAGCAUCCUCAGCUUCACUAUGAGUCCAAGCUGUAUGUGUUUCUUCAGGGUGGAACGGGAAUUCCCCACCUCAAAUGGUUUGGAGUGGAGGGCGAGUAUAAUAUCAUGGUUAUUGACCUCCUUGGACCAAGUCUAGAAGAUCUGUUCAACUAUUGCAACCGGAAGUUCACAUUGAAAACCGUACUGAUGCUUGCAGAUCAAUUAAUUACAAGAGUUGAAUUUAUGCAUUCAAGAGGGUUUCUUCACCGUGAUAUAAAGCCUGACAACUUUUUAAUGGGCCUAGGGCGCAGAGCAAAUCAGGUGUACGUCAUUGAUUAUGGCCUUGCUAAAAAGUAUAGGGAUCUUCAGACUCAUAAGCACAUACCAUACAGGGAAAACAAAAAUCUUACAGGCACAGCUCGCUAUGCAAGUGUUAACACUCACCUUGGAGUUGAGCAAAGCAGAAGGGAUGAUCUGGAAUCUCUUGGUUAUGUGCUUAUGUAUUUCCUAAGAGGAAGUCUUCCCUGGCAGGGAUUGAAAGCAGGCACCAAAAAGCAGAAAUAUGACAAGAUUAGCGAAAAGAAAAUGUUGACUCCCAUCGAGGUGCUUUGCAAAUCAUACCCAUCAGAGUUCACCUCAUUCUUCCAUUAUUGUCGAUCAUUACGGUUUGAAGAUAAACCAGAUUAUUCAUAUUUGAAGAGGCUUUUUCGGGACUUAUUUAUUCGGGAAGGUUAUCAGUUUGACUAUGUAUUUGACUGGACCAUAUUGAAAUACCCUCAGAUUGGAGCUAGCUCAAGAGGACGGCAUCCCAGUGGAAAAGCAGGCUUUAAUGCAGGACCAUCUGUGGAAAGACCAGAAAGGGUCUCAGUGGGGCAAGGAAUUCGUGAUAGAUUCUCAGGUGCAGUUGAAGCAUUUUCUAGAAGAAAUGCAUCAGGACCUGGUUUGUAUGGUGACCACUCAAAACACAGGUCUCAAGAGGACAUCCCUGCAUCCAAAGAUGUGCAGCCCAGUUUAGAGAAAGGGCGCACCUCACGCCACGGAAGCUCUUCUAAAAGAGCUGUUCUCCCGAGCAGCCGGCCAAGCUCCUCUGGCGAGCCUGGUGAAAGCCGCUCAAAUCGACUGAUAUCUAGCAGCGGCCGCCUUUCUACCUCACAUAAAAUCCAACCUGGCGUUGACCCCAAAUCAUCAUCUUUCACUCGCACUGCAGCCACAAGAGGCUCCCGUGAUGACCCUCUUCGGAGCUUCGACCUCCUCUCCAUCCGGAAGUAAAAGGGGAAGCAGUUUGGUUAGUGUCAUUUUAUGUGAUGAAAUCUGUGCAUCUUGUAUACGAGGAAUUUGAUUUCACCUCAAAUGUCAUUUUGCUUCCCCUGCUACACUUCCCCUCUUAUUUAUUGUCUUCCCAUUGUUUCUGGUCUUUGUAUCGUAAUGGGACUCGUCCAAGAGAGUUUUAAGUUCGGGAAAUAUUUGUUUUGUCUGGUACUUCAGUGGAAUGUAAUAAUUAUCGUUCAUUUACUGUGACAAUUUACUUUAUUCAAACAAAUAUCCCUCUCUUUAAAGAAUAAUCAUCCCUUAUCCCCAUUGUUUGCA